UCGAUAUAUUAAAUCAUUAACGUCAUGUCAUCGAUACAAGUUGACAUGAUUGAGUGUUUUCUACGCAGCUAACUUAAUAUUUAAGGAUCCUUUUUGUAAAUUUAUUUUAACGAACGUUUUGGUUUAGUUUGUUUUCAUUAAAAACAAGCAAUGGUGAUCGAUGUGAUAACGAUAAUUUUAACGUGUUUUGUAAUCCACGUGACUACUGGAGGUUUAAAUGGGUGUGGCAGCUCCCUUUUCCAAUACCAGAAACAUGUGCGUAGGGAUUAUGAACGGCCGUCAACUGAGGUGUUUGUUACAGAACAGGGGUUUGAAAUAUGUAAAACCUUGGAUUCUAAGAAGCCUAAAGCGGAAUGUUACAGUGCCAGGAUUUCAGCAGUUAUUCCGUAUUCCAAUAUUGAACUUCGCAACAUGACUAGCGCCAACGGAGACCCGUGUUUUAUUAUCCAGCUUUACGCAAGAGCGACAUGUGGGCUAAAGAACUGUGAAGUAUGCCAGUUGGUGACCACGAUACAUUAUUUGUACUCCUUCAACUACAUCAAGUGUGCCUUGCAAUUUGAACCGUUUGAAAUUCCAACAUACUGCUCAUGUCAAAGUAAGAAAUAAGAUAAACGUUGGUCCCUGUCCACUUUCACUUCAUAUCCGUAUUAUAUCACGCAUUGCUGCAUCGUUGCUCUAUAUGUUAGACGACGACAUGCAAACAAUAAUAUUCAACGGCAUGAACCGUACUGUAUUUGCUGUAACCAAGUUGAUAUUGAGGAUGAGUACCAUAUUAUGUGUAUAUGCUGAUGUAAUAUAGUUACUAGCCGGAACAAAUACACCAUAAUUAUUAAGUACGCCCCACCCCACGUGUUUAAAUACCACAAACUAUGAAACUGUUAGCUGGUGUGAGUUGAUUUAGCUCUACAAAUCUAUCAGAACAGUUCAUUCUUUGCUUUCAAACGAUUUCCAAUUUCCAAUACUAGAAUGUUGAUUUAAACAUAUUUUAUUGCCUGUUUUCUUUCAACAUGAUUGGUAUUUACAACAAUGAUAUAGAGUAUACAGAAAGCAAAUGGGUUGGACACAAGUUCUAACAACAAUAGUAACGUCUUUCUCGUACUAGAACGUUAAUUUGUUAAUUUGUUAUAAUCUUACACAUGUUUAUACAACAAUAAAUACUUUAAGAUACCGGGUUAUAUAUGCUUAUUUUUCGAACAUAUCAAGUUCAUAUUUACACCUUUAUUACAUACACACACUAGUAUUUAUAAUGAUUUCUUAUUAACCAAUUCAUUUUGUGUAAAUCAUAAUACAUGUACAAAUCUGUGCUGUUAAUAUUUGUUCUGUUUUAUUAAAUUAUACAUAGGUGUCGACCAUGAUUUUGUGUUCCGACACAAUGUUUGUUUUGUAUUGAUAAAAAUACUGUAAUUAAACAAAAAACAGAGCAA